AUGUUGUUUGACACUUCAACAAGUAUAACAGAGGAGGGCUUCUGGUCGAUGAAACGCUUUGCAACUUUUAUGAUACAGCUUAUGGAAGAGGAACCAACAGAAACCCGCGUGUGUCUUGUAAGGUUCCCGAUGGGACCAACACUUUUGUCCAGUUUCACCAAAUUUUCUUCCUCGGAUCACAUCGAAUCCUCUUUUGGUUCACUUGUUUACGGUGAUGGAGACACGGACUUUGAAGAGGGUUUGAGGGUAGCAGCUGAUGAACUGUUCAGAGAGGAGAGUGGCACGAGGCCGAAAGUAUCCAAGAUCCUGAUUGUAUUUUCAGAUGGUGCCUUUGGAGGUUAUUACUUGGAUCCCAGAAUAAAUGCUACACACGUGAUCACAGUUGCAAGCGGAACGGGAAUUCACAGAGGUCAGCUAGAAUCACUUGUUAAAGAUCCGAAAAAAGAUUUCUUUACCAUUGUUGAUGGUUCGGCAGAAAGUGUGGUACAGCGAAUGAACGAAUUGACCCAACAGGACUGCAGCUAA